CUUUAUUUUCGCAUCGUCAUCGGAGGCUUUUUGCAGUAACUCAAACGCGUAUCACAUGGAAUAUAACUCAGUUUGCAUUUGAAGGUAGAUUAGAAAAGGGUAUAUAAGGUAAAGGUCUGUAACAUACAAAUCACUUGUUGUUUGGGAAAUUUGAACUACCAGUAAAGAUGAUUCGCGCAGUCGUAUUGUCCUGCCUCGUUGCCUGUAGUCUGGCUUUGAAUGCCCAGCUCAAUGAAGAAUGGGAGUCAUACAAACAGGUCUACGAGAAGGCUUACGAGGCCAACGUUGAGCUGCUCAGACGUGAGAUCUGGGAGAGCAACAUCCGGUACAUCCAACAGCACAACCUCGAGGCCGACCGUGGACUCCACACCUACACACUCGGCAUGAACAAAUACGGUGACAUGACCCACGAGGAAUUUGUUGCCACCAUGAACGGUCUUAAGAUGAACCUGAGUGACCCCAACCCCAAAUCUGCCUGCAGUAAGUUCACCCCUCCACUGAACGUGAAACUGUCUGACUUGCCCGACACCGUCGACUGGAGGACGCAGGGUUACGUCACACCAAUUAAAGACCAGGGUCAGUGUGGUUCCUGCUGGUCAUUCUCUACCACUGGUUCCCUGGAAGGCCAGAACUUCAAAAAGACUGGAACCCUCACCUCCCUGUCCGAGAAGAACCUGAUGGACUGCUCAGCGAAAUAUGGUAACCAUGGUUGCCAGGGCGGUUUGAUGGAUCAGGCUUUCGCUUACGUCAUUGCCAAUGACGGCAUAGACACCGAGACAUCAUACCCCUACCAGCCAGUUAACGGCAAAUGCAAGUACAACCCCUCAAACGUUGGAGCCACCGAGAAGAGCUGUAUGGAUAUCAAUGCCGGGUCAGAGGCUGACCUUCAAGCCGCCGUAGCAACCGUGGGACCAAUCUCCGUUGCUAUUGACGCCAGUCACCCAUCAUUCCAGCUCUACAAGUCUGGAGUGUAUAACGAGAAGAAGUGCUCAUCCACUAAUCUCGAUCACGGUGUGUUGGCUGUUGGAUAUGGAUCUCAAGACUCAAAGGAUUAUUGGCUCGUCAAGAACAGUUGGGGAUUGAGCUGGGGAAUGAAGGGAUACAUCAUGAUGUCUCGUAACGUGAAGAACCAGUGCGGUAUUGCCACUGCUUCUAGCUUCCCGACCAUGUAAACAUCUCGUUGGUGGAUUCAAGGGGAACACUCAUUUUGAUUGGUGGUCUAAUUUUUCAUAAACGACAAUUAAAACAUAGGAUCAGUAAAUACAAAACCAGAGACUUUCCUGAUUUUCAGAUCCAAAUAUAAGACUCUUCUUGAUGUGGUCGUUAUACGUAACAAUCAUAAAUAUAUGGAUAUUAGAUCAAUGUUUAGUUAGAUUGGUAGAUUCAAACAAGAAUUUCCCAUUUGUAAAUGUCAAAAUUUAUUUCCCAAUGGUGAAAUCCAGAUCUGAUUGGAUAUGCUGAAAGUGUGUUGAUUUUGUUUGUGUUGAAUCGACAAUAUAUGUUUUAAUAGAAAAUAAAGAAAAUAUAUAACAUG